UUUCAUCAUCAGAUUCACAUUCACAUACACAAAAACCAAAUUUCCUCUAUUAUAUAGCCUGAAGUCUUGUAUUUUUUUUUUCCUAUUAAAUUGCAUAUAAGAAAAAUGGCAUUAUCAAUUAGUUCGUCUACUUCCAUUGCAUUUUCUUCUUCUCGCACCCAACAACAGCAACAAGUGGUGGUUCAGUUGAGUUCAAGUAAAUUCCAACCGUCGGAUCGAUUAUCUACGACGGAUUUGAAUAUAUCUCGGAAGCGGUCUGUGUCGGUGAAGGCGGAAUCAAGGAGGAAUGACUCCAUUGUUCCUUCAGCUGCCACCACUUUUGCUCCUGAUGUGGUGGAAAAAUCAAUAGAGGUUGAAGACUUUGAAAAACUUGCUAAAGAUCUUGAAAAUGCUUCUCCACUUGAAAUCAUGGAUAAGGCCCUUGAGAAAUAUGGGAAUGCUAUUGCUAUUGCCUUUAGUGGUGCUGAAGAUGUUGCUUUGAUCGAGUAUGCUCACCUUACAGGACGUCCAUUUCGUGUUUUCAGUCUUGAUACUGGCAGAUUAAACCCGGAAACAUACAGAUUCUUUGAUACCGUUGAGAAACAUUAUAACAUUCGGAUCGAAUACAUGUUCCCAGAUUCUGUAGAAGUUCAAGCCUUAGUUAGAACCAAAGGCCUAUUUUCGUUCUAUGAAGACGGCCAUCAAGAAUGUUGUCGUGUAAGAAAGGUGAGACCUUUGAGGCGGGCUUUGAAAGGUUUACGAGCCUGGAUCACUGGUCAAAGGAAAGACCAAUCCCCUGGUACUAGAUCUGAAGUUCCAGUGGUUCAAGUUGAUCCUGUUUUUGAAGGGUUAGAUGGUGGUUUGGGAAGCUUGGUUAAGUGGAACCCUGUGGCUAAUGUUGCUGGUAAUGAUAUAUGGAACUUCUUAAGGACUAUGGAUGUCCCUGUUAACUCAUUGCAUGCUCAAGGGUAUGUUUCAAUCGGGUGUGAGCCAUGUACCAGGGCGGUGUUGCCAGGUCAACACGAGAGGGAAGGAAGGUGGUGGUGGGAAGAUGCGAAAGCUAAAGAAUGUGGGUUACAUAAAGGAAACAUUAAGGAAGAAACUUCGAAUGGAAAUGGGAAUGACAUAGUGAAUGCUAAUGGGAGUGUUUCUGACAUCUUUAAUAGUGGUGAUAUUGUUAGCUUGACCAGGCCCGGGAUUGAAAACUUGAUUAAAAUGGAAGACAGGAAAGAUCCUUGGAUGGUUGUUCUCUAUGCACCAUGGUGCCAAUUCUGUCAGGCGAUGGAAGGUUCAUAUGUUGAAUUGGCUGAAAAGUUGAAGAAUAGUGGCAUGAAAGUCGGAAAGUUUAGGGCAGAUGGUGAUGAAAAGGUGUUCGCCCAGCAAGAACUGCAGUUAGGGAGCUUUCCAACCAUCCUUUUCUUCCCUAAACAUUCUUCCAGGCCAAUCAAGUACCCGUCCGAGAAGAGAGAUGUUGAUUCCUUGAUGGCUUUUGUUAAUGCCUUGAGAUGAUGCUAAGUCGUUUGAGCUUUUGACAGCUCUAGUUGUAGUAAUGGAGUCAGGGGUCUCUGUAGAGGGCAUUUUGUAUAUUUAUCUUGUCAUGGUGGGCUAAGUCCCGUGAUCUAGUGUGUGGUGGGUUUUUUUUGGGUAAUAGAUGGUGUUGACCGUCAGAGCUUUUGAAUGUUAUAUCUAUAAACUACUAGAAAUUCUGAUGGAUUAUAUGUUUCUUGUUCAUUGUUAGUUAAAUAGAACUGUUUUUUGGGUA